AUUCCAGAGUGACUUGGUAGGAUGGUCACUAACUGGAAAUUCUCUGCCUUCCGAAGAAGGAAUCCAGCACCCAUUCCCACGAUCCUGCCACCAAGCUGAGGACCUGCUGACCCAAGUUCCUUCUUUUCUUGCUAUUGGCUGACACUGUUCAUAAAACAGAGUUGGCCGUUUCACUUUUGCUUUAAAUGAACGAGCUGCAUCACAUAGGGGAGAAAGCCAGGAGAGAGGGCAGAGUCGGAAGGCAGGGCAGCGGGAGGAGGCCGGGCACUGGAAGGAAACACACAGUGGUACCAGGGAAGGAUGUGUUUCUUUGGCUGAAGAGAAGACUUGGAGCUUGCUGAAUUGGGAAGAUAGAAAGAGAAAAUUUAUGUCCUAGCCUCUGUCCAACUCCAUAUCAGAAAUGGAACCAACUGGGCCCUUCAGCAAUAACAGUGACAGGAACUGUACAAUAGAAAGCUUCAAGAAAGAGUUUUAUCCCAUCAUAUACCUGGUCAUAUUCAUCUGGGGAGCCUUGGGAAAUGGCUUUUCCAUAUAUAUCUUCCUACAGACUUACAAGAAGUCCACAUCUGUGAAUGUUUUCAUGCUCAACCUCGCCAUUUCAGACUUCUUGUUUAUAAGCACCCUGCCCUUCAGGGCUGACUAUUAUUUCAGAGAGUCCAACUGGAUAUUUGGGGAUCUAGCCUGCAGAAUUAUGUCUUAUUCCUUAUAUGUCAACAUGUACACUAGCAUUUAUUUCCUAACUGUGCUAAGUGUUGUGCGUUUCCUGGCCACUGUCCACCCUUUCCAACUGCUCCAUGUCACCAGCAUUAAGAGUGCCUGGAUCCUCUCUGGGAUCAUAUGGGUUUUUAUCAUGGCUUCCUCGGCCAUACUUCUGAAGAAUGGCUAUGAGAAGAAGGACAACAUUAUAUCAUGCCUGGAACUGAAUCUCCAAAAGUUUAAUAAGCUACUGAUUUUGAACCACAUUGCAUUAGUGGCAGGCUUCCUGCUUCCAUUUGUCAUACUCACCAUCUGCUACCUCCUGAUCAUCCGGGUCUUGUUGAAGGUGGAGAUCCCAGAGUCGGGUCUGCGGGCUUCUCAUAGGAAGGCGUUGAUUACCAUCAUCAUUGCCAUGAUCAUCUUCCUCCUCUGUUUCCUGCCUUACCAUGCACUGCGGACCCUCCACUUGGUCACUUGGAAUGCAGAUUCAUGUGGGGAUGAGUUACAUAAGGCCACGGUAAUCACACUGGCCUUGGCUGCAGCCAAUAGCUGCCUCAAUCCCUUUCUCUAUUACUUUGCUGGGGAGAAUUUCAAAGAUCGAUUAAGGGAUGUGUUCAGUAAAGAUCGUCUACAGAAAGCAAAGGCAAAGUGUGGCCUUCUCUUCUGUGUAUAGCUGAAGAACAGAACUAAGAGUUCAGGAGCUGCUACUCAGGUGAGCUCAUGAAUCUUGGUGUCUACCUUCAAAUUACUUUGUAUUUGCAUCAUAGCCAACGAAUCUUGGUUCCCAACAUUUAAUUGACCACGACUUUGCUAAUAAAGCCUAUUUCAGAAAUGUCAUUAGAUGUAUUUUUAGUAGUUGGGAUUUAAAUAUUUCUACUGGAAUAUUGCAUGCUGAGAUGUGACAUUGGGAAAAAUUGUCCAGCACAGUAAGCCAUGCUUUGCAUCAGAUCCUAUGCUAGGUCUCUGCCCUAGGCAGUCUAAAUCCCUAACUUCAAGACAUCCUCAAGCACCCCAGCUUCUCCAGAUCCUUUCCCCAUUAAAGCCCUUGAGACACAGCCAAACCUACUGGUGGCCUCCGUGCAGCUUGGAGAACAUGCUAAGAACUCAGGAGCUGACUUUGGUUUGAAGAAGAAGACUGGCCCGGAACAAAGCAGGUGCAGACAAUGUUGGCGAGCGAAAAAGGAGGAGAACUAAGACAAAAGAGAGAGUGAACGAU